UAACGUUUAUGCUGAAAUUUGUGGAAGUGUUCAUGAAAUAGUAGUUGGUGCUGCGGUCGGACUGUUUUCAGAGACAGUUUCAUGUGCUAUCUGGUGCAUCAUGAAGAUGUAUGUGAUCCUUCCACUGUGGGCCCUGUUCACUGUCACCCAGCAGAAAGUACCAUCAGACAACUGUCAUUGUGAGUUAAUAAGCUCAGAGAAACCAUUUCCCUAUGACAAGCUGAAAAAAGCACAGGCCAGUGCCUUAAGCUGCACAAACACCAUCACUUCACAGAAGACCUCCACCUUAGACAGCCUGCUGCUAGGCCUGAAUCGACGUCUUCCCCAGUUGGAGCACGACGUAGCAAUGCUGGAAAAGGAGGAUGAUAGAACUCUGUAUGGAGCUCUGAGUCUGCACAUAAUCGAGAACGAGCUCACAGAGAUCCAGCAGAUGAUUGAUACGCUCAACAGCACUACCACAGAAAGCAAGCACCUCAGUGAAAACAUGGUUCAGCAGCUGGAGAAUAUAAAGGAGGAGAUGGACGAGUUGGAAAAAUUUGACACUAUGCAGGUAGUGAAGAGACAACAAGCCAACCAGCGCCUAAGGAGGGACCUGGACCAAUGCAGAAACAAUGGAGUUCACCCCCCCAUUCCACCCACUCAGCCUACAGGGAGUACCUGUCCUCAUGGUCGAUUCCUCAACAUCACCGGACCAAGGGUCCAAACAGCUGGAGAGUAUGCUGGCUCAUACAAGUAUGGUGCUUGGGGUCGGGAUCCCAAACCAGAGCCGGGAAAGGAGAGCUGGCAUUGGAGAGUAAUGUUGACAUCCAGCAACAGAUACGCCCAUUACGUCCGUCUGUACUCCAGUCUGAGCUCUCUUAUUGUUGGCAUCAGUGUUCCAGGAAAUGUCCUAAUCCAUCCGUCUAACCCAACCACCAACACCAUCCAGGGCCCAAAUGUGGUUCUGUACGCAGGGGCCUUGUACUACAACUGUUACAACAAAGAUGCUGUCUGUCGAUUCAACCUCACCUCCAAAAUUGUGACAUCUUUAGAUCUACCGAAAGGAACCAGGUAUAACUCAAAGGGUGACUUCUGCCACCUUGAAGAGUGCUACCCGUACACCGAUCUGGACCUGGCCACAGACGAGUCGGGCGUCUGGGUGGUCUACACCACCACCCAGGACUUUGGGAACCUGCUGUUAUCGAAAGUGGAGGAGAGUGAGCCACCGAAGCUCGGCAAAACCUGGCAGACUUCAGUCUACAAGCGUAGCGUGACCAACACCUUCAUGGCCUGCGGCGUCCUCUAUGCGACUCGCUACGUCAACAAAAACAUGGAGGAGAUCUUUUAUUCUUUCGACACGAUGACAGGGAAGGAGAAUUUCAAUGUUGGCAUCUUCAUAAAUAAGGUGUCUUCUGACAUUCUGUCUUUAAACUACAGUCCAGUGGACCAGAUGUUGCAUGCAUACUGUGAUGCCCAGAUGGUCUCUUAUAAGGUUUUGUUUGAGUUGAUGGGUAGCAACUUUCCAUAUUAACAAGGUAAAAAAAAAAAGAAGCAGUUCCCAUUAGUGAAUAAAUUCCAGAAAGGAUUGAACAACUGAAAAAUUCCUUUUCCUUCAUGUCUGAAACAACAUAUUUUUAAUAAUGGUUUUCCUUUAUUAAACUUAUUCCCUUCUGCCUUCCA